AUGAGCCUCAUUGAAGACAGCUUGGAUCCAGCUAACAAAGGUCUCAUAGAAAUUCUCGCCAAGAGUACAAACGUUUGUCCUGCCACCUUAUAUAAUUACCGUAAAAAAUACGAACUUGACCCAGAAUUUAACCCAAAGACGGCUGCAUCUUUGAUCAAUCGUGCUAUCAGUGAUCACGGUGAAGAAUUGUUAGCCAAUUACAUCAUCAAAGAAUUCAUCGAAAAAAAAUUCUUCUUUAACACCCAAAUGUGCAGAGUGCUUGUCAAGAUGUUCAUAAAGGCUUACCCUAACGAGAUUCUCAGAAACGAUUUUGUUGUUUCUGACCAUUACCUUUCGAAUUUCCGAGAGAGAUGCGACCUGACCACUCGUGAAGCACAUUGGCAUCGUCGGCCAAAAGACAUCGAAGAGAUGAAGACUCGUAUCGAAAGCUUUAAACAGACCAAAACUCAACUUAUGGAACUCUUCAAGGAUGAAUUGUGGAGAAUCUGCAACGCAAAUGAAUCCUUUUACGGAUGUGGAAUCGCUCAUGGACUGACAUAUGCAAUAAAAGGCUCGGAAGGUGUUGACGUCCACAUGAAUCAUAACGAGAAGAAAGGAAUCACUAUUAUUGCCACAAUCCAGGCAGACGGCAGUAAACUUCCACUCACAUUUGUCUGCAAGGGUCUCACAGAUGCAUGCCAUAAGCAGAUUUACGACAACAGAGUCUUUUCCAAUGAGUUGAUUUUGCAUUCCGAAACAGGUUGGGCCACAAAGGAGGUAUUUCAAGAAUAUCUCAGAUGGCUUAGAAAGUAUUACAACGAUCGUUAUCGCGAGAAUCCAAGUUACAUUCAAAAUGAUAGAAUCUACUUGUUUCUUGAUACAUAUUCUAGCCACAGAAAUGCAGAAACAAAGAAGCUUGCUAAAGACUUGAACAUCACACUCGUCUUCAUUCCAGUUGGAUGCACCGAUCUGUGCCAACCUCUUGACAUGCAUGUCUUUGGCGCCUUAAAGAAUAUGGCAACGAGAACAUGGUGGACUUACUAUUCUAUCGACACUUCCCUCGAGUGCACGCUGAAGUUGGCAGUGUAUAUUUUAAUACGUUGCUGGAAUGCGCUGACUCCUGAGCUCAUUGAGACUGCAUUCAGUAUGCACAUCAAAGAUCUUGAAGAAAAUGAAAGCAUCCAACCACGUAUCUCUGACGAAGAGGCCUCAGACUUCAUUGAACGGAUUGACGAAGUGAAGGCUCAAUUCACAGUAGGCGAGCUUCUUGGCCAAAACGCAGAAGAGGAAGACGCCCCUGAUUUUGACCUCCUUCAAGAGUUCAGUGAGAUCAAUGAACGACGCCAUAGGAGACAGGAAAAUACCCAGAUUGAAGAAAUAGUUUCAGAUGAUGAAGACUGGGAUGGAAGUGAUGAUGAAGAAGAUCUUGAAGGAUUCACUCCAGAAGAAGAAAGAGAAAUCCUUGAAUAUGAUCUAGAUCCAUCAGAAAUUGAAAGCGCAGUAGAACCUGAACCAAAUUAUAAUCCUCCUUCUCCAGCUGAAGUGUUUUCGCCUCUUCCAAUAGUUGAUGUCCAUUUUGAACCCACAGAUCAAUUGAUACACUGCCUUGCAUCAAGAAGCGGAGCAUCUUUUAUGGACUCUGUGGAAUAUGCUCCGCGAUUUGAUGUUUUGUUAACCAAUCAGCUUCAUUACUCAGAAAUAUUUAACGAGAUCAGACGUCACAAUCAUUAUGCCACAGAGAGGGUAAAUUCACAAAUCAUCAGGCUCGAUGAUUCUCGAAGCGCCUUAAAUGCCGCCAUGCAAUUGUUCUUGACUAUCAUUAUCCUUGAAAAUAUUCGAAUCGAAGAAGAUAAUGGUGCAAGAGCUUUAGAAUUGUUUCAGGUUGGAGAAGAAGAUUCCAAACAAGAAGAUCUUCUCCAUAUCCUACAAAUAUUAGAACGUAUGGGAAGAUCUACUUCGAUUUCACCAGGAAAAACAUAUAAUAUGCUUCAUUUUGAACAACAAGGCGAUCCACGACUCAUUAUUUCAUCUUUUAUGAACCCACAUUUAUGCGGGAUUCAAUUCAUUGAUGAGAAUAAUCAAGCUCAAUGUGUUAACAUGUUAAAACUUCCUGAAGAUGGAAAUUUCAAAGAAUAUUUCGAGAAUAAGAAGAUUACUCAUGUGAAUAGAUACCUCUUCAUUGCAAAUGACCGCGAAUCUCAAGAAGCUCAGCCAGACCAAAUUGAACUGCUUCAUGAACAUUCACAUAUCAUAUUUAUCAGAUUUGCCAUUGUUUCACUUACACUCGGAAGAGAUGGUCAUGCCUCUUUUAAAUUUUAUAAGAGACUUGAUUUACAAGGCGAAUAUGUUGUGAUCGAUGAAAAUUGGUGUUAUGUGAUCCCAAGAGGAGGAGCAAUCGGAUAUCAAUUUUUAUCAUUGUAUGUCAGAGGUAAGGAUGUUGAAAUUGAAAAUUAA